AUGUACAUCUUCGUGGUAAGAAUUUUCAUAUCCCAGGUCGUUGCUGCAGCUGUGUUGGGAUUGGAACUUAUGGAAACGUUCUCAUAUUUUAGGUUGAGGAUUUAUGAAGGAUAUGGCAGACAGAAAACAACACUGCUGUGCUGCAUGUACAAAGGCAUAGAUUACCGUCCAGGUUCCAUGGGAAAACCAGCACCAGGCUACAAUUUAAAGGUAAUUGAUGAUGAUCUGAAUGAAUUGGAACCUCACAAGGAAGGGUACUUGGCUGUCUCCUUGAAAGAGGGGAAACCAAUUGGACUUUUCAAUGGAUACCUGUCCAACAAGAAGCAAACAUCAAAAGUGUUUUUAGGUGAUUAUUAUAUAACUGGUGACAAGGCUUACUAUGAUGAGGACAACUACUUCUGGUUUGUUAGCCGUGCUGAUGAUGUCAUAAUCUCUUCAGGGUACAGAAUUGGACCUUUUGAAGUGGAGUCUGUCUUAAUCGAGCAUCCAGCUGUGGUGGAGUCGGCAGUGGUCUCCUCACCUGACAGUCUCCGUGGAGAAGUUGUGAAGGCAUUUGUUGUUCUGGCUGACAACUACAAGAACCACAAACACGAAGACCUGAUUGUUGAACUGCAGAACUAUGUGAAGCAGAAUACAGCACCUUACAAGUACCCUAGAAAAAUAGAAUUUGUGGAGACACUCCCAAAGACCAUCAGUGGUAAGAUAAGAAGAGUGGAACUUCGCAGCAACGAAUGGGCAAAAACCUAAGGGUUAUAAUCCUACACAUUGAUUUGAAAGAUCAUCCUUUUCUCAAUAGUUUGAUUUGAUGGUACAGA